CACGGAAUCCUUAAUCCCGCCCACCGACGUCCACGUCCUAACACGGAUAGAAGCGGCAAAUUUCCAGCAGUCUUCGGACCCUGACCAACCUUCGACAGCAUGGCGACUUCGACACAGUCGAUUGCCAUUCCAGGCCAGAUACUGGGGCCAGCCUCCAAGUAUCUCGCUGGGCCAGGCACUCACAUACACGAAUCGAGCCUGUACUCGUCCCUCCUGGGCGUGGUGCACAUAAAACAGCCUGCGAGAGCUCCGGGCCCAACAAAACGCCUGAAUAAGAUCACACCAGCUGGCCCUACAGAACUGCCCACCAUCUCCGUCUCACGAUCCGGCGUCGGUGAGAAGCAUGAGGUGCUGCCAGAGGUCAACAACACGGUGCUAUGUCGCGUGAUCCGUAUUAUGCCCCGCCAGGCCGUCGUGACCAUCUUGGUCUGCGGCGACACCGUCCUAGAGGCCGAGUGGCAGGGCGUGAUCCGGGUCCAGGAUGUUCGAGCAACGGAGAAGGACAGGGUCAAGAUAUACGAGAGUUUCCGGCCUGGCGACAUUGUGCGCGCCGAAGUGAUUUCCCUCGGCGACCAGGCGAACUACUACCUUUCGACGGCGAGAAACGAAUUGGGAGUCAUAAUGGCGACGAGCGAGGCCGGCAACACAAUGUAUCCUGUCAGUUGGAAGGAGUAUAGGGACCCCGAAACUGGAUUCAGCGAACUCAGGAAGGUUGCAAAACCGUAUUAAGCCCGAUGCACCACCUCUUUUCUUGCCUGUCCAGAUAUUUCCCCGUAACUCCCCGUGGAAUGAUACCCCUAUCUGAUAUUGAAAUCGCAUGUCCCGAGUAUAGAUGUCUGACCCCUCUAAAAAAAUGUGAAAAGAACCACCCAAAUCAGUAUGCGCCGCGUAAACGAGCCGUUUCUCAUGUUCCCAGAUUGCUCGCUGCCUCAUCCAUCUUCGUCCUAGACAAGCCACCAUCAUCUUCCCCCUCCCCCCUCUCCUCUCUCGCCGCCCCACUGGCCCUCCCAUCCUCCCCCUUUUUUCCAUUCCCUCCCACCGCUCUAUCCUCCCCAGC